AUGUUGCAGGCUCUUGAGAAGCAUUGUCGAGUGGAGGGAGGGUACACCGGUCUACUGAACGUGUACCACGCCUCGCCGCAAGGGGACGACGUACAACAGAGCUUCUUCCUAGCUGAAACGCUUAAGUACCUCUACCUGUUGUUCUCCGAGGACUCCUUACUUCCAUUGAACGAAUGGGUGUUCAACACAGAAGCACAUCCUUUGCCCAUCAAGAACAAAAACCCGCUGUACCGAGCCGCUGAUAAGAACGCUAUCAUUGGAAAUGAGAGCAAUCAGAUUUAA